AUUUUCGCGGCCGGUUGCCGAGGCUGGUUCGGUGCCAGAGCUCUCCGGCGCGGCGGGUGUGAGGGGCCGCCCCGGUUCCCCUGGCUCCCCGCCGCCUGCACAAACCGGGGAAGGUAGAAAUACCGCUCGGAGGGCGUUUCCGAGCCGUGCCCGGCGCUGUCCGGGGAGGACGGCCGUUGCCUUGCGGGGCAGAGGCAGCCCGCUGUCGGGGCGGGACGCGUGACAGCCCGGGGUUCCGCCGCUCAGCCCGCAGACAUGGAAUAUCUGACAAAGAAAAAUACUUUCUGUCUUCGAAAUAAAGUGCUUUGGCGUUUCCGCACAGCGGUGUAACUGUCUUGCGUAAAUAGGCGCUUGCUGCUAAUUAGCGACGCGGAGAGCGGCUGGUGGGUGCAGUUGGUAUUUAUAGGGCUGCGCUGUCGGUCGUCUCCUUAGGCUGGCACAAGUAUGGUAGCUCGGCGGCAGGGUAUAAAUAAGACUGAAGCUCAGAUUCGGGCUCAGCAUCCGAUGUCUCACACGGGAGCGGGAGCUAAAUCUGACAGGAGGGGUGCCACUGGCACCCGGUCGGAGGGGAGGGACGGGGACUGUCAGCUUCGCGCAAGCCGGAGGGGAAACAACUGAGCUGCUCGAGGGCUCGUGUUUCAGGAGCUCCUGCAUCUCCACGGGACUUUUAGUCGGAGUGGGUCUGUGUACGUGCAUCUGUGCCGGUGGCGGCAGUGGGUAGGAAGCCCCUGAUUCCCGAGGGGUCCUGUGCCAGCCUUGUCUCUGGCGCCGCAGGAAGCAUGCCCUAGUUCUGCACGGAUGUGCCAGCAACCACCAUUUCAGCCAUGUUCUCCCAGUCCUGGUGCUGUCUUCCGUUGUGCUGCCUUACCAGGUGAAAAAAACUACAUUGGAGUUUUAUCUCGCUGUCACAUCCUUUCAAGAACACACUAUGCUCAGGACACGAUACUUACUGUCCUGUUGUACAAGAUUUGCAUUUCCUUUUCCCCAGAGCACAGACCUCUCCGUUGCCCUCCCUAGCCACUUCCAAGUUUGUGCAAGGUUAGAGUGGCUUCCAGAACAUCAUCAAGGAAGCCCUCCAUAAAACUGUUCAGGUCGAGCACCUUCCUCAACACCAUUCCCUUGUUCUUCAGCAACAGAAGAAAACAAGACCUUUUUGCCCAUAACAUCAGUAUAGACACAUGCAAGUGUGGUAAUCCUAAAGUGCAUCUUCAGGAUUCAUUUCAGAUGAAUAAACUUAAUCCCAUCAAAAAGAUCAAGCCCUUUCUUUGAAGAAUUGAACCCUCAAAUAGCAACCAGCUCCAUUAAAGGGAGGUGGAACAAAAUUUUGGACAGUUACAAAAAUACAUCAAAGGUUUAUUUUCCCUGUGAAUAUCUACAAGAGUUUCCUCUGUGUGUUAAUUUGUUACACUGAUGGGAUAUCCCUUGCAAUCUAUUAACUUCAAAAGAUUAAAGGGAGGCUGGUCAAGUUCCCUGUGCCAAGUCUGAAGCGUUACAGUAUUUUUCUUAAUGCAGCAUGCAAGCUAUAGAAGUUGAAUACAAACCCUGUGCUGUCAAACUAACUUAAAAACUGGUAUCCACCACACCCCUUUUGGAUGGACUCGUUGAGAGUCUAUCUGGUGUUACCAUGGAGGAAACUAAAAUCCUGCGUGUUGGUAAAUGACCUGGAGGAUUAUGUCCUGUAUCAUCCCCAAGAGCAAAGUUCUAAUGGCCCAGUGAAGAAGUCUAUGCGAGAGAAGGCUGUGGAGCGCAGGAACGUUAAUAAGGAGCACAACAGUAACUUUAAAGCAGGAUACAUUCCAAUUGAUGAAGACCGUCUCCAUAAGACAGGCUUACGUGGCAGGAAAGGCAACUUGGCCAUCUGUGUGAUUGUUCUUCUUUUUAUUUUGGCUGUCAUCAAUCUGAUUAUUACACUAGUUAUCUGGGCAGUGAUUCGAAUCGGUCCCAAUGGUUGUGACAGUAUGGAGUUCCACGAGAGUGGCUUGUUGCGGUUUAAGCAAGUUUCUGACAUGGGCGUUAUACAUCCAUUAUAUAAAAGCACUGUAGGAGGCAGACGUAAUGAAGAUUUGGUGAUCACUGGAAAUAAUCAGCCUAUUGUAUUUCAGCAAGGAACAACCAAGCUUAGUGUGGAAAAAGACAAAACAUCAAUCACCAGUGAUAUUGGCAUGGAAUUUGUUGACCCACGGACACAAAAUACCUUGUUCAGCACAGACUAUGAAACUCACGAGUUUCAUUUGCCAAAUGGAGUUAAAAUCUUGAAUGUACAGAAGGCCUCUACAGAGAGGAUUACCAGCAAUGCAACCAGUGAUCUAAACAUAAAGGUCGAUGGCCGUGCUAUUGUCCGUGGCAAUGAAGGUGUUUUCAUCACAGGCAAGACCAUUGAGUUUCGAAUGGGGGGUAACAUGGAACUUAAAGCAGAAAACAGCAUUAUCCUGAAUGGAACUGUGAUGGUCAGCCCAUCGCGACUGCCAAGUUCUUCUUAUGGGGAACAGUUUAAUAACGGCAACUGGCUGCGUUUCAAGCUCUGUAUGUGUGCAGAUGGGACACUGUUCAAGGUUCAGGUGACAGGUUAUAACAUGGGUUGUCAGACUUCUGUCAAUCCGUGCGGAGCCACGCACUAAAACGCAAACCACUACCAGGAGAGUUCUCUUUUGUGUUUACAUAUAUUUGUAUGGAGUAAUUGCAUGCUUUAAAGGAUUUCUGUUUUUACAGCAGUUUAUACUAACAUUUACUACAUAAUAUUUUUAAGCAGAGGCUGUUACACUCAGCAGUAUUAUGUCAUCAUCCUGUUAGCUGGAAUAGUGGCACUGAUUUAGGAAGCUUUCAGGCUACGUGCAUACUGAAGCACCUUCUGAAUUGGGAUUGGUAGAAUAUAUUUAAAGAGCGUGAUCUCAGCAACCACCGUGACUGCCUUCAGUGCCUUCAGAGGAGGUUUUUGUCCUACAUCCCAAGACCUUGAGGGCUGCUGAGAACACAACUGCAAUGUGAAGUACUUUGACAGAAAUGUCGAUUUGAUGUUGGAAGUGGAUUUGCCUAGGAUGGCUGAAGUGACAGAUUUUUGUCUUCUCUUCAUUUUUUGCCAAAGGCUGAUAUAAUGAUUUCCCCCAAAAUUACGUGGUUUACCAUAUGUGGAGAAGGAGAGAGGUAAUGGCAGAUUAAUUUUUAAAUAUUGCAUUAAUUGUCUAUAUUUUCAUGUAGUUAAGACCAAAUAAUACUAGCAUAAAUAAUAUUUGCAAAGUAAUAUUGAGUGCGGAAAUGUAACAUCAAUUUUGAAAUAGUCUUGCGAAUAUUGGAGUGUUACUUGAGCUCCCAUUCUAUCUGUGCAAUUUAGGCAUUCUACAGUUGUUUAAUUUAUGUAAAGUAUUUAUAAAACGUGUUUAUAUUCAAAGUACAUUUUUAAAGAUGUACUUAUAGCCUGCUCACUACCCAAAAAAAGGAUUUUCCUGGGUGCUUUAAUGUGAACAAUAUAUGAAUCUAUUAUUCAACAAAUAAUAAUCUAAAGCAUGACCGUUACAGCAGUGUCUGAGAUCAGAUCUCUUUUUCCCCACAAAUGUCAGUACUGAUGCAUUACUGAGAAACUCAGAAUUAACUUCUGAAGUUAAACUGCAGGUCUGUAAUUCUAAAGGUGAUGGUAUUGGAUUCUGUAACAGCAGAGUAAAUACAUGUGUAUGUGAAUUUGUCAACAGUGAAACUGUGUCUAUGGUGAACUGGGGCUGUAUAGAAACUGUUACAGCCUUGUAACUGCUUUUGCAGAGGUAAGGUGUUAUGUACUUCAAAUAGACCAGCUCACUGUAAGAUUCCUUCUUUCCCCACCCCAUGUAGUUCUUCAGUUUAAAAUAGUUUAGUUUUGUAGUAGCAUCAAGUCAUCUUAAUAAUGGAGGCCACAAAGGUGACUUUGCAAGUACCUUUUUGACAAGUUUUUCUAGGUAAGCACAUACUUCUCUUCCUAAAAGUUGUGCAAAUGUUACACAUUAACUCCAGAACUGGUCAUUUGUUACGGGGAGAUAAACUAUCUACCCUUGGUUUAUAGCUCUCAAAGUACGUAGAAUUCCACAAAAUAAAAAUCAGCUCCUGCUGCAGCAAGAAUUUCGUAUCCAAGGUCCCAAUUCCUGUAUUUACUAGAAGUCAGUAAGUCCUCAUGCAGAGUGCGUAGGGCUGGAAGUGGUUUCUAGCAGGGGAUCCUCAGGGCAGGCAUUACACCACACAAGAGGUCAGUGGGGUCACGCUUCCCUCACUGCUCGAAGGCAGAGCCAGAUUUCGCUGCUCAGUAGUUGUUGGGAUUUUGGGGGCAGACAGCAGUGGAGCUGUUCUAACAGAAUCAACAGAAUAAAAUGUAGCAAAAGCCACUGAAUUGCUCACAGUAAAGGUUAUGGGAAAGUACUAACAUUUGCAUACUGCCUUCAUGAACUUCAGUUUUACUAGAGCUAAUAUUUAUUAACCACUUUAACACACAUUUUGCUGAAAACACACAGACGUGCUUGCUACUAAGUAGUGCCUCAAUUAGUACCUCUUACAGUUAAGAGGAGGAAAUUAACAUUUUCAGAAUUUUCACUCUCAUGAUAAUGGAAGUUUGUUACUUUAUUUUUGUAUAUGUAAAGAUAUAUAUAUAUUUACACACAUAAAAAUAUAAGCAGCAGUAUCCUCAAAGCUGAAAAUGAUCUUGAAAAUGACAGAUACUGCCUCAGUUGAAUAGAUUACACACACAAAGAGCAUAUUAAAGCUCUUCUCUAGUUAAUACUGACAUGCCUAUGUGCUAGUAUUGAAUUCUUGUAAUUAUCAAGAGUUCUUUUUUAAAUACUGUAUGCAACAUAGCUGAGAGAUUUGUCACAAAGGUACUCUGAAAUCAUGGUCUGGAGAAUCGUUUUUGAAUUGUAGAUUUUUUGUCAAAACAUAGCAAAGCUGAUCAUACAAAUACCAAAUGGAAUAAAUUAUCAAUUUGUUAGCCACUUUUUAUGUAUUCUUAAUAUCUUUUGUUGCCUUCACUACACAGUUUCAGAAAUGUUGGCACCACAUAUGCCUCAUGUUGUGCAUUUAUUUGCCGGUUAUCUUCUAACCGCCUAAGGCACAUUUUUCUACACAUAUUUUAAACAUUGUGCAGCACAUUAUUUAUUUCAAUCCCACAGAUGCACUUAAGAUUCUGGGUGUUUCAAGUACAUUCUACAUGACUCUGUAAAAUACCAUACUGGGUGUGUUGAAACAACUUAUGUGUGAAGAGUUCUCAGCAUAUGUAAAGGUUGUAAAGGUGGCGGCUGUUUCAAUAGGUGAAAGACAGUUGAAUUUCUAAUCUUUGUUUUGAAAUGAAACAAUAAAUUCGAAGAUGCA